ACGCAGGCUCUGGGUACGAGAUUGUAAACGCUUGUUUUAGGAGUACUUUGAUUGCGCAUGCUUGUAAGUUCACCUGUCGCGAAUAACUUGUUUGCGCCAAUGAGCGCGUUAUAGCAAACGGAUUUAUUUCAUUAGUCAAGAUUUGUCGCAGAAGGUGAAGGUGGCAAUUGCAAUCUAGAGUCAGUAGAAAAAGUUCAAACACUUAUAUCCACGAACUGGUCUGUGAUUGGCUGACGGGUGGCGUAACUGGCUAAUUGUUUAUCGAGUUAAAGACUAGCCCCUGUUCUCAGGAUUGGAUAUCACUGCUUUCAAAUUGUCUCAAAAAAUCUUAAGCACAAAACUGUAGCAUUGUCAUCUAGCUAGUUCUAAAACUGGACAGUGGUUGGUAACUACAGUGCCUGAUAACUACUAGCUUCUUGGCUGCCAUUAGUUAACUAUUGGGAAUAUUUCGUCAUGUUUUCCGACCAACCAAAUUGCACAGGGGUAGUUGCUCCAAAGGUGUUGGCUUUCUCAACAGCUGCCAUCUCAGCGGGUUUCUCUUUGAUCACGACUCCAGGAAACCUACUGGUUUGUUUAGCUGUCCUCAUCAACCCAAACAGAAAUCUUCGAACAUCAUUCAACUUCUUCAUCGUAAACUUAGCAUUAGCUGAUCUAACUGUUGGAGCCAUCACCGAACCUCUUUCCUUUGUCUAUCAUAUAAGAGAGGGCUUACGCCUGCAAUUUUCUCUCUUGCAAAUGGUUCAUCAUUAUCUUUACUUUAUCACCUGUACAGCUUCGAUCCUGAGUCUUGGGGCGUUGACCGCUGAGCGACACUCCGCAGCAACCUCAGCUAGAAGCUACCGCGCAAGACAGGUUAACUCAAACAAAAGAUACCAGUGGGCGACGUGUGGGAUCUGGGUCAUUUCUGCAGCCGUUUCCGGUUUCUAUUUCAUAAUCGGGCCGUUAGUUCAGUCCUUGGUCGUCACGGUUACGGCGGUAGUAUUAACGUUCGUGAUUCUUGCUUUCACAUAUUUGAGAAUCUACGGUGUCUUGAAAGAACGAACGCAAGCGAACUUAAGCCGAGGUAUUCCGAAUCCUAACGAAGACUCGAACGACGCGACCCGUAAGAAGAGAAAUGCUGCAUUGAGAGCAAUCGAGUACGAAAAGAAGUUAACUAAAGUCCUUGCGUCAAUUUUAGUGUGUUAUAUUUGUUGCUUCAUUCCAGCGUGCGUCUUAAUUUUCACGAUGAAUUUAUGCAGCAGUUGCUCCUGUGAAGUGAUCCAUUGGAUGCGAGACGUACAGUUUUGGUUUAUUCUUCUGAAUUCUGCCGUCAACCCGUAUUUAUAUGCUUGGCGUAUCCCUCAUUUCAAGCGCGCAAUUGUCAACAUCUUGAAGUGUCAAGGACGAAUAGGGGGAAUCAGUCCCUCUGAUUUGUCUGUCAGCCAGCGUGACGGGUCAACCAACAAUUAUGAUCAGAGUGUCACUCGACGUGACAGGUCUACCAACCAGUGUAAUGUGCAUGUGUGACUGGUCUGAACUGUCUGUCAGCCAGCGUGACGGGUCAACCAACAAUUAUGAUCAGAGUGUCACUCGACGUGACAGGUCUACCAACCAGUAUAAUGUGCAUGUGUGACUUGUCUUAUUUGUCUGUCAGCCAGCGUGACGGGUCUACUAACAAUUAUGAUCAGAGUCUCACCCAUCGUGACAGGUCUACCAACCAGUAUAAUGUGCAUGUGUGACUGGUCUGAUAUGUCUGUCAGCUAGCGUGACGGGUCUACUAACCAUGAUUAUCAAACUGUCAGCUAGCGUGACAGGUCUACCAAGCAGUAUAAUGUGCAUGUGUGACUGGUCUGAUAUGUCUGUCAGCUAGCGUGACGGGUCUACUAACCAUGAUUAUCAAAUUGUCACCUAGCGUGACGGGUCUAGCAAGCAGUACGAAGUGUAUGUUUGACUGGUCUGAAUGAGCAAAUCUUAAUAGGUCUUUUGCAACAAACGGUCAAGUGCUGAUCAAGACUUUGCUAAAAAAUCACUUUAAUUAGCCAAACGUUCCUUGGGGAUGGCUCUGCUAGCAGGCAAACAAACUUUAAACUGCUUCGUAUCUUGAAAUCGCGAGCAUCUUAUAAGAAAAAAAAAAUUUUUUUGGAAAAAGUUUUGGAUACGACAUUAGUAACCCAGCAAAAAAUAUUUAAAUAAACGAGGUCCACUAUUUUUUGCCAUAUCCAGUAACAACCACGUGUCAACCUAUUGCAAAAGGCCUAUUUCACUUGUGCUAGUGCAAUGCUUUACCGGGUAAAGGAAUGAUAAUGCCAUCUGAAAUGGGACAACCUGCACGACUAAAAGACUGAUGAGACUCCCAUUACUUCUAUGAUGUAAAAAAGGAAUAUGUGAUCUUGUAAAUGGACAGAACACUAACUCCAGAUAAGCUACUAAAUGAGCAAAUAUGCAGACUCAGAUAUUGAAUAUUUCCCUAUAGGUUCAAAACGGGAAAAAACGACUUGCUGAAACGUUAGCAAACGCACCAAAACUGAAUACCAUGUUUCAUUUGCGGAGGAACAAUACAUGAUCUCGAAUCUUUAUCUUUCUUUAUUUGCGCUUGUUCGUGACAUUAAUUGCUCUGUCCCAUCAAAUAUACAAACUCAAAGGAAAAAACCUGACUGUUGGUAUUGCAUUAAAGCAAAGUGAUUCAAAA